GGAUAAGGAGGCGAGAUACUAUCUACAAUACGAAAUAAGUGUGGAUGCUGGCUGCCUUUGCUACUUCUGAUAUACCUGGUCUCUGGGCGAUUGACUGCUAGAGGAAUUGACCGCAGUCUUGCCUCCUUAUGCCGGGUAUGGCUCGCUUAAAUGAAUCGUCAGCUCCAACAGAGCACAUAGAGGCCUUAAAACGACGGUUUGUGCGACAGAAUCGUGAGAUCGCCCGAGUAAACUCGAUACAGUCCCUCCGCAUUCGCAGCCUGGAAUCUGAAGUCUCUCAUCUCCUCUCAGAAAAUGUCUCGCUUCGGGAGCAAGUAAUAGGUCUUAGCCAGGAGGUAGAGAGAUUUGAGGCUGUCCGGCUACUCCAGCAUGGUGUUUACGACAUCAAGACAAGACUAGACAGCAAGUUGGCGGAGCUGAACAACCUGGUGGCUGACCUUGGCGCACUUCCGCGCACGUUCUACAGCAAAUGUGCAGAGAAUCCUCGAGAUUCGAGCCAACAUCGGGCACUGCCGGAUUGGAAACCGAAGGCUGCUGAUGAUGAGCUCAAUCAUGGGAAAGACGAAGACGGAAGGCUUCCUGUCAUCCUGGAAGACAAAUAUUACCCCAGAAGAACAUUAGAGCCGCAAGAGCUGCAAGAUAUCCGAUAUAACACUGCCGAUAAUCUGCGAUCUCCCACUCCGGAAGAACCUGUAGCCACGCACCCAGACACAGCGGACGACAGCUCCUCUACGAAUGAUACUUCCGAUAUCAUGAAUGCGCAGCAGGCACCAAGACACGUCGAGCACAUAUCGGACGAGGACGAGGCAGUUUUGCCCCCAACUCUUGAAACCAGGAAAAGAAAAAGGCCCAACUUAGCAUCAAAGCAAAUGAUAAGUCCUAGCAUGGAUCACGGGGCAACCUCGAAACGAAACAUCCCUGAGGCUAUCUUUGGCCCAGGAGCCAAGCGCAAAUUUUCGGUGCAUCACGAAGACACAAUAGAAUCGUUAUCGAGAAAUUCCGACGUUCCUCGGACAGGCAUGCAGUCACCUUCAUCGGUGGGCAACAACGAGCAGUCGCUGUCUUCAGAGGCUGAUGAUAGCCCAUCGAGAGGGAAGGCAUCACUUUUGACAGAAGAGGCAAUGAGUCACAGGUUGGCAAAACGGAAAGCAUUGGAGCAUACUAAUGAUGAUGUAGGAAGCACGAACAUGAAUGUGACCAGCCCAACGAAAGCACAUACUACAAUGGUGCAAGAGAAGCACCAGAAGGGCACAUUAUCCUCCGUUGACGAAAAGGAUGGGCAAGUUGGGUUGUCCCAAACACCCCCCGAAAAAAGCACGGAUCUCGAGCAGUCGAGGCAAGAGUUGACGCCUGGACAGUGUCGAAUCUAUCAGUCCACAGAUGAGAAGAAAUUUAACGAAAAUCCCAUGGUUAAAUCUGAGCCCAACUCGCAGUCGUCGACGCUACCAGAAACUGAGAGCGGACCAAGGAGUUUGCCUGAGGUGUCCGGCCCAACAAGGCCUUCCAGGCGUCAGAGAGCCAUUGUGAGCUAUGCGGAGCCAAAUUUACGAGACAAGAUGAGGCGACCUACGAAGGAAUUGAUAGCAGCAGUUGGCGAUCACCCAAGACGAAGCUCUAGCUCUCUCAAUGCACGGCUGGAUUCGAACGAGGAUGAGGACCUGCGCAAGAAUGGGCGAUCGAAUGGUCGAAGACCGCGGAACUCGGAUUCUUCAGGCAAAGAACCUAGAUUAUCGACGACAGAGGCAGCAGCAGAUUCAUCCACCCAGCAAAUGAACUCGGUAUCUCAGAGGAAACGGAAGACUUCUCCGGCAAGCAAGUGCGAUAUGGCACCUGAAGGCAUUCACGAGUCUACAGGGGCAUAUCCUCAUCACUGGGUGGCUGGGAGUAGUAAAGUCGAUGAAGUAAUGGCCGAAGAUGCCAAUUGUCAGACGCAGCCGUCACAGAUGGUUGGUAAUGAUGUUACGAGGAACGUCCCCCCUAUUGAGUGCAAGGCCAGACCUGCUACAGCUCGGAAUUCUAGACGGCAUUCCUCGCAGCCCGAGUCAUCCAGAAAAAGUGAACUUCAACCAGCAAACAACGGCUCUAUAGGCAUAGACAGCCGAGAUGACUCUCCAGCAGAGGCCCGUGCAGGUAAUUCAUACUCGACAAGAUCCCUUGAAGAAUUCGUCAAACCGAGCCUUCCUACACAGAAACCAGAAGCGAGUACUGGAGCAGACUUGUCUACUUCGAGGCUGGCCAAUUCAGGACGGACUAAGCGCGGGCAACGUGCCGCGGCUGCUAUGGCUAGAAGGAAAAGCAUGAUGCUGUGA